CCGAGGGUCACUAUAAAAGGCCCCGGGUUUGUUGGCAUGGGUGCAACAACUCCAAGCGUCACCAUGGGCAGGAUCAUCUUGUUCGAGGAGAAGAACUUCCAGGGCCGCUCUUACGAGUGCAGCAGCGACUGCUCCGACAUCCACCUGCACUUGAGCCGCUGCAGCUCUUGCCGGGUGGAGAACGGCUGCUUCGUCCUGUACGACCGCUCCAACUUCGUCGGCAACCAGGUUUUCCUGAAGAAGGGCGAGUACUCCGACCUGGCGCGGGUCGGGACCGUGACCGGCGUCGGGGCGGUGGCACUGGACACCGUUCGCUCUUGCCGUCUGAUCCCGAUGCACAGGGGACAGUUCAGGGUGAAGAUCUACGAGCUGGAGAAUUUCGGCGGCCAGAUGCAGGAGUUGCUGGAGGACUGCGAGUCCCUGCAGGACCGCCUCUCCAUGUCCGACUGCCAGUCCUGCACCGUGCUGGAAGGCCACUGGCUGCUCUUUGAGCAGCCCAACUUCCGGGGACGUGUCAUCUACGUGAGACCCGGCGAGCACAAGAGCCUGCGCGAGAGCGGCCUGAGCAGCGUGAGCAAAAUCAGCUCCAUUAGACGUAUCAUGGAUGUGUGCUGAUUGCCAUUCGUGUUGAAGAAAUAAAAGGAACGAUUACGAAAGACCCCUUUGAAAA